AUAUUUUGUAACAAAGUUUAUUUCAAUAUUUAUUUCCUUUGAUAACUUUUGCAGAGUUUGGAAUGGAGAGAAAGUAUUUUUCAGCGUCUGAUUACGUUGUGUUUUGCGUGUGUUUGUUCUUUUCGAUAUUAAUCGGGGUUUACUAUGCCGUCACUGGGGGGAGGCAGAGGACGACGAAUGAAUUUCUAAUGGCUGACCGGAAAAUGGGGUUCGGACCGGUCUCCCUUUCGUUAUUCGUGACAAUAAUGUCAGCGAUAACAGUCCUUGGGGUUCCCGCUGAAGUGUUUCAACACGGCACAAGUUAUUGGGGGUUUGGAUUUUCAUACUUUGUAUUUACCCCUGUGGUUGCUCAUUGUUUUAUUCCCGUGUUCUAUGACAUGAAGAUAACAUCAGUGUACGAGUAUUUAGAGAAAAGAUAUUCUCGAUGCGUUCGUUUGUGCGGUUUGAUCUGCUAUAUUAUGAUGAUGGUUGUCUACAUGGGUGUGGUUCUGUACGCGCCCUCUCUCGCCAUAAAUGCAGUGACGGGGAUAAACGAGUGGAUAUCCAUCGUUGGUUUAUGCGCGGUGUGCGUCGCGUACACGACAUGCGGGGGGUUGAAGGCCGUGAUUUGGACCGAUGUUUUUCAGGCGCUGGUGAUUAUUGUGUCACAAAUAGUGAUUGUUAUCGUCGGCGCGAAUAAAGUUGGGGGUUUCGGAAAAGUUUUGGAAAUUUCCAUUGAAAGUGGAAAGCUGGCUCCAAUUAAUUUUGACCCGUCACCACUAGAGGCACACACGUUCUGGUCGUUAUGCUUGGGUGGUUCGUUCUUAUGCAUGUCCGUAUAUGGGGUUAACCAAUCCGCGGUUCAACGAUUCCUUUGUUGCAGAACAAAGCUACAAGCGCAAAUCUCGAUCUAUGCAAACCUCCCCUUGCUCCACCUAGUGAUGGCCGUUGGUUGUUUCAUCGGGCUCGUCGUUUACGCUGAAUAUCGAUGUAAUAAUCCCCUCUAUGAUGUCAUAAAGCCCGAUCAAUUGUUGCUUUAUUACGUCAUGAAUAUACUUGGGGAAUACCCAGGGGUUCCGGGGUUGUUCGUCGCUUGUUUGUUUUCAGCUUCGCUAAGCACAAUAUCAUCGAGCUUCAACUCCCUAGCAACGGUAACCAUGGAAGAUCUCGUUAAACCAAACGUUAAUUUAACCGAAAGGCAAUUAACGAUAAUAUCAAAAUCCUUGAUCGUGGGGUAUGGUAUAUUAUUUCUAUGUUCCUCGUUCGUUGCGUCACUGCUACCAAGCUUGUUGAAAGCUGCGUUGAGCAUAUUGGGGAUAAUGGGGGGGCCAAUGCUAAGUUUGUUUUUCCUCGGAAUAUUUUGUCGUCACAUCAACCACAAGGGGGCGAUGGCAGGUUUUGUGAUUUCUAUGUUGGCGGUAUCGUGGGUGGGGUUCGGGGGGAUUGCGUUCCGUUUGAAUAACUUUACCCCAGGGAAGCCCCCACUUUAUAUGGAAGCGAGUUGCUUUAACACCACCACCCCCAUC